AUGAGAAGAUUUGUAAGAAAAAAUCCUAUCCCUCCACAAUAUUUGGAAGAUUACACGUUUGUGAAGAGAUUAGCAAAGUUGAGAUGGUACUUUUUUGAAAUAUUUGCCUCUGAUACAAUGAAAAAUGAUAGGGAAUUGAUGAAGGAGCUAAUAAGAGAGAAGCAAGUAUUCUUUAGAUAUGCUUCUGAAUUAUUGAGAUCUGAUAGAGAGUUAAUAGAAAUUGCAUUGGAUAUAGGUGAUUGUGGAAAUGAUAUUCACAAAGUGUGGAAAAAGCUUUCUCAUUCAGACUGUAUUCAUGAUGGUUUAGUUCAAUUAUUCAGGUAUCCAAAAAGAGUUCUCAAAUAUUGUACUGAUGAAAAAUUGAGGGAAGAUAAGGAAUUGAUUUUUACAGCUACCCAAUUUAAAAGUAAUAGAGAAUUAGUCAAGCAGGCUGUCAGUUAUCAUGGGGCCAUUUUGGCCUAUUUAGACAACAAGUUCAAGCUUGACCAAGAAAUAGCAUUAAUUGCUCUGAAUACAAGUCCCAAUCGGUUAUGGGAUGUUUCACCACUAGUUCGUAACACCUUAGAUUUUAGCAUAAAUGUUGCUGACACUCAAGGAAGUAGGUGGAUUUUCGAAACUUAUUAUAAGAGCCAAGGUGAGGAAUUUUGGUCAAUUGCAAUUCAAAAACGAAUGUUGCCUUCAACUCUCCUUCCAACAAAUAUUUACAAUGACAACAAUUUAAUGCGCAUUGUAUUGGAACGAGAUCCUUCUCUAUUGGAAUUGUGUUCUGAUGAGAUUAGAGAUGACUUUGAGUUGGUAAAGAUUGCAGUCUCUCAUGAUAUUAAGAAUAUCAGGUAUGCAUCAAAUAGAAUCAGAUCGAGUGAUGAGACAACCUCAAUGUUAAUAACCCUCUACCCACGCAUAAUUUUAUACUUGGAAGACAAUAUCAAACAAAAUCCAAAAUAUUAUUCACUGACUGGUGAUUUGGAAAAUAUGACUGUUUUUAAGAAUGCUCCAUAUUGUAUUAGGAAUAAUGCUAAUCUUUCAGAAAAUUUUAUCAAAUUGGAUAUUGGUAUGUUCCAGUAUGUAUCUGAAGAAUUGAAGAAUAGUAGAGAUUUUGUUUGGAAAAUAUUUUCUUACAAUGAAUCAAUAUUACAAUACGGCUCUGAAGAAUUACGAAAUGAUUUUGAUUUCAUGAGCUUGUGUAUUGAAAAGAAUCCACUUCUGUUUUCACAUUUAUCUUCAAACCUGAGAGGAAAUAUUGAAAUUAUUCGUUUGGCCAUUGAAACAGCAAUCACUAAUAAGGUUUCUGCAAAGCAAUUACGGUCUAAUAUUAUAGUUCACAUCCUUGCAAAAGAUAACGAAACCUCCCUGAUUGACCUAUACAGAAUGUGUUCCAAUAAUUAUGAGAAUGAGAAGUUUCUGCUACUCUACUUUGCAAGUCCAGUUUUACUCUUCAAUGAAGACUUUGUUCUGAAGGAGGCAAGUAAAUUAACCAACGAUGCAUGGGACUUUCUAAAACUAUUCAAAAGAGCAGUUUCUGAAUAUGAAUACAUUGUUGCGGCUGCAAUAAUUCUGUUAGAUCCCACUCUCUAUGAACAUGCUUACAGUUUUGUCUGCCAUUCAUUCCCAAAGGAUUUAGCUCCUUCUAUUCUUUAUUAUUUAGGGGAAGACCAUGCACCUAUUGUUAGCGACCUUUUUAUUUCAAAAGCAAUUCCUGUGCCAUUAUUUGGUAUUCUUUCAGAAUAUUUGAGGUAUUAUUGUGCUUCUACAUUGAUUGCACAUAAGGUUCCCAUCUUAGAGUUUGUACCGAAUCUGAUGGUCACAACAGAUAAUCUCUGCUCCCUGUUACCAAAAUAUUUGUCAUGUGAAGACAAGAUCUUAGUACAUAUUUUGAAAUAUUCCAACAAUAUAGAUUUCUUUAAGAAGAUAUUUGAAAUUUAUUACAGUAGUCAGUUUACAAAGCUUAUUAAAUAUGCAUCAGAAGGAUUAAGGAAUGAUUCGAAUUUAAUGGCACAAGCAAUACGUUGCGAUCCAACCAAUCUCCAGUAUGCAUCUGCUACUUUGAAAAGCAAUAGAGAUCUUGUUGCUUUGGCAGUGAGACUACAGCCAGAGAGUUUUGCAUAUGCUGCAGAGGAGCUCAAGAACGACUUUGAGUAUAUCAAAUCAAUUUCUCAUUCUUAUAAUGAAGUUUUACUAUACAAUUUAGCAACAAGGAAUGUGAGAAUGAACUAUUUACAAAAGGUAAGAAGCAAAAAGUAG